AUGGCCGAGCCUCCAUCACCCUCUAUGGGUCACCAUGCUGACUUUGUUGAAAGAAGACCUCCAGCUUUCUUCACUGGGCUAGCCUCCACCCUCCCUGCAGAAGAGUCGCUUCUGCUGAAGGACUGCAAGUGCCGCUCCCGCCUCUUCCCCAGGACCUGGGACCUGAGGCAGCUGCAGGUGAGGGAGCGCCCCGUGGCUUUGGAGGCUGAGCUGGCCCUGACGCUGAAGGUCCUGGAGGUGACUGCUGAUGCUGUCAGCCUGGUGGAUGUCUUGGACCAGCCCCUUCACACCCUGCACCACAUCCGCUCCCAGCUCCGGGUCUGUAUCCAGCCUCAGCCGACGGCAGGGCCCAGGCCCCAGGGCCACAUCCACCACUGGCUGCACCGGCUCCAGGAGGCCCCGAGGAGGAUGAGAGACCCAGGAGGGGGACUGGGUCAUUUGGGUCCUGGGGGAGAAUGGCAGCGCGCUGGGCCGCGGCGGGGCACUGCCACCACGUCCUCACUGCGCCCGCUGCUGCUGGCCCUGGCCCUGGCCCUGGCCGCCGUGCCGUGCGCCCAGGGCGCCUGCCCCGCGUCCGCCGACCUCAAGCACUCGGACGGGACGCGCACUUGCGCCAAGCUCUACGACAAGAGCGACCCCUACUAUGAGAACUGCUGCAGGGGCGCCGAGCUGUCGCUGGAGCCGGGCGCAGACCUGCCCUACUUGCCCUCCAACUGGGCCAACACCGCCUCCUCGCUUGUGGUGGCCCCGCGCUGCGAGCUCAUCGUGUGGUCCCGGCAAGGCAAGGCGGGCAAGACGCACAAAUUCUCUGCCGGCACCUACCCGCGCCUGGAGGAGUACCGCCGGGGCAUCUUGGGAAACUGGUCCAACGCUAUCUCCGCGCUCUACUGCAGGUGCAGCUGAUGCUUUGCUGGUCUCUCAUCUGCAGCUUCCACAGAGUGCCAGACCCCUCACUCAGCCCAUUCCUGGGCUCUGCUGCGGGGCCCCAAGACCCAGGAGAAGGAGCGUUCUGCCCGCCCCUCCCACCUCCCCUGCAAUACAGCCUUUGUGCACUGGUC